GACCGUGGCAGAGGCAGCAACAGCGGCAGCGCAGUUACAAAAACUCCCUACAACAAAUACAUACAUGCAAAGGACGGCAAUGGUGGCCAACAAAAAGCGUUAGAGCCACCAGGACAGGAGGACAACUCGGAGAAAAACGGGGUAAGGAUCCGAUUUGGCUCCCGAGUAGGAUCCUCGCAAGUGGGUAAGUGCCAGCUUGGGGAAAGUGCCACAACGGGCGAAGCCCACUGCAGUUCCCAGGUGCACAGGCACAGGCACAGACACAGGCACACGCGCACACGCAUGGUGGUGGCAUGCAGCAGGAUUAGGCAACAGAAAAACGGCUUCGGGACAGGACAGGAUGGCGCUGGUGCACACGUACCUGGGCACAUGGGAGAUUGUUUGCUGCACCUUCGAGGGAAAGCGGGAGCUGUCCGGCCUGGAGGGCAUUAAGUUCCGGCUGGACGACACCAGCGACAUCACCUGGUACAACGACCUGGUCAGCCCCCUGCCCGAGUCCAAGGACUGCGGCCCCUUCUGCGAGUCGGCGAGUGUCCUUUUCAGCUGCGAGACCUUCGAUGUCCACGAGACGAAUCCGCGCCUGGUCUUUGGCGCCUUUGCCGGCCACAGCAUUGAGUUUAGCACCAACACCCUCACCCCCACAGAUACCCUGGUGCUCAGCUGCGAGAACUGGUAUGCCGUGGAGUGCAAGCGCCUGCAGGACGGACAGGCCGCCGGCCAGGAGAAGCAGCUCAGCUUCGGCGAGGCCCUGCAGGAGUCCUACUUCAGCGACGUAGUGGUGAAGAGCUCCGGCGGAAUGGACUACGCCCUGCACGCCUCCAUUCUCCGGCUGAACGGCUUCGACUGCAGCAUGUGCGUGAACAGUGCCCCUUCCUCUGCCGCCGCGGCCGCCUCCGGGCGUCCUGCCCCGAGAUCCUGUCACAGCGGACCAAAUACACCCAACCCCAUUCGAAUCUCAGUGGCCCCCGCCUCCUCCGGCGACGGGGACGAGCAGCAGAAGUCGCUGCCUCGGCUGAACUUGUCGCCCAUCUACCUGCAGCCCCCGUGCGACUUCCAGACCCUGGCCGGAGCCCAGCGGGCGCACCAGUUCAGCAGCAGCUUCACCUGCCUCAGCAAUGGCAACGCCGAGGACGCGGAGGCUGUGAAUCGGACUGGACUGCUGGGCCUGGAGGGAAACGCCGGCGGCCUCUUUCGGGUGCCUCCUACAUCGCACUCGGACUCACACCUGGAGACCUCGCAGGCGCACUGCAAGAACAUCUUCAACUUUUGUCAGGAUCUCGUGCUCCAGCCCACGCCCACGCCAACACUGACGCCCCUGCUAGCUCCUGUCUCCGCCGGCGGCCUCACCGUCUGCGGCAUCCGAAGACCCCCGCUAUCGCCGUACCGCGCCCGUAGCCCCUCCCCGUUCCCCAGCUCCAUGGACACGCCGCCCUCCUCGCCACUGACUCCCGUGGGCGUCCUCUGCAACCUGCCUACGUUCCUGCUGAGCCCCAUCCUACACUGGCUCUACACCGAGUCCCUGCUACCGGACCUGGACGAGGACGUGUGCGAGAAGCUGAUCAGCUUCGCGGAGACCCAGCCCUCGCUCACCAAGCUGAUGGAGCCGACCCGCAAGUACCUGAGGCUGAUGCGGCUCAAGAAGUUUGUGGUCAAUGUUACCAUGGAUCUGCAUGGCAUCCUGAACCGGGUCAUCCAGUGCCUCGACCCCGUCAACAUCACCCACGAGCCGGCCCAGCUGUACACCACCUUCCAGGACGCUCUGAGGGAGUGCGCCAUAGGCUGCGCCAAGGUGCUCCAGUUCUGCAACAUCUUCAUCACCGACGCCACGCACAUGACCCGCUACCAGAAGAACGAGAUCGUCAAGUACAUCCGCACCCGCAUCCCGAUCUUCAUGUCGCAGAUCCAGCAGCUGCUCCGAAACGUGCUCGGGGUCUUUGUGGGCCUGAGCGUGGACGAGAAGGCGGAGCUGGUGACCUAUCUAGUACCUGAAAUCGAAUCAACCUUAUUUGUACUGACCGCUGUGAUAGAGGAAAUCAAAAAUUCACUGGAAAUCAUGUGCAAGGACCUCAAAUGCUCCCACUUGGACCUCCCGCUGCAGCAGCAGCAGGUGGACGACGCCAUCGUCAUGCAGCUCCAAUUCGCCGACGGCGGCGGUGGGGAACCGUCCCCACGUCCUCGACGCGGCGCCCCCGUGGGCCUUACGCUCUACGACAAUCUCGCGGAUAAGCAGCGACUCAGCUCGGCCGAGAACGACCUGAAGUUCGUGCUCUACAUGUACGAGGUGCGGAAGAUGCGCGACAUCUACGGACGGAUCGUGGCCGCUUUGGAGAUAAUCAAGGAUAAGAAGAGCACCUUCUGCGACAUGGACUUCCUGAGCAAGAGCAGUACGAUUAACCAGAACCUGGAGCAGCUUAUUGUGGACAUACCCGCCUACAUAUUCAUCGUGGAGAACCUGUCGGACCGCCUGGACGACAAGCUGGGCUGGAAGGAGUUCAAGUUCUGCUUCAAGUUGGCCACCAGUCAAAUAAACGGGGUCAUUGCCAAGCUGCUAGACCACAAGGCAGCCCUGCGGGACGCCAUCAGCCAGAUCUGCCAGUUGGUCCGCAAGCAGGAGUUCACCCAGGCCGUCGUCGAGCUGGGUCUUCUGGACGAGUCCAGCAGCCUCAUCAGCGAGAUGAAGGGUGGCCAGGUGGCCGACCACGAAAACAACCUCAACCAGGAGAUUAGCCCCGCGAAGGACACUCUGUAUGUGGAGCGGAAGCAGUAUUAUGACUACAAGAGCAUCAAGCUCAACCUCAUCCGGCAUCUCUGCGAGCCGCCGAUCGCGGCCAACAGCAACCUAUCGAAGAAUGCCCUGCGCCUCCUGCACUCCACCCAGCUGGCUGACAUGGAGUUCGAGGUGCACACCUACACCCCCGUUCCCCAGCAGGUACUUCCCUCGGGCGAAGGAGAUGUCAAGCAGGAUGCGGAGGUCAGCGCGUCCCCUGCUCCCUGCGCCCUUCAGGUGCACAGCUUCAAGGCCCACCGGGUCAUCGUGGCCGCGCGCUGCGAGUGGUUCAAGAAGGCUCUGAUGUCCGGCAUGCAGGAGUCCAUCAACCGGAAAGUAAUCAUCACCGACACUUCACCCGUCAUCUUCCGGCGGCUGCUGCUCUACCUGUACGGCGCCCCCAUCGACCGGACGGUGGGGGCGGAGCAGGUGUGCGAGCUGAUGCUUCUGGCGGAUCGCUACUCCAUCGACGAUCUGAAGGAACUCUGCGAGAACACCCUCUACUCCCUGAUCGACGAAGACUCCGUGGUCUGUCUGCUGGGCAUCGCGGACCGCUACAUGGCCACUGCCCUGAAGUCCAAGUGUCUCUCCUUCCUCUCGCAGCACGCCCAGCUGACCAAGUGCGAAAUAUUCAAGGAAUUGCCACAGACCCUUCAGCUCGAGGUGAUGGAUCUGAUACACUGGUUCGGUAGGGUCUCCGAGCCGUGGAACGACCGCGGCUUUAAGCCACGGAGCAGCUCCCGCCACAGCCUGAAGAGUCCUUCGAAGCCCCGAUCGCGGUCCCGCAAGUCAUCGCCCUCCUACAUGUGACGCCGACAAAGCGCCACCGAACACACGAAUGCCAACUUCUUGUGAUAAUUCUAGAAGACUUCGCUAACCAGGAAAUCCAGGAAUCCCCGAAUGGAAUUGUUUGGUAGUCAGUAAGAGGGUGCAGGAGAUGGAGUAGGAUCGGCAACAGGACUCAGACUCGGACUCGUAAGCGGAAUCGGAUCGGAAACGGAAACGGAAACGAGAGUUAUUAAAACAGGACCUGACUUUAGUGGGUUUUAUUUGAUUCACUAGUAGCUACAUAGAAUUUACGGAGUGCAUCCCACUUCUCCCCAAAAACAAUUGAUCCUUUUGCGAAGAUUGCAACCCUCUGCCCUCUUCCCAUCCCCCCCUGCAUGUUUGCGUUUAAGAUAGUAUAUAGGAAAGCGACGAAUCUUAACAGUGUAACGAGGCCAGAGUCUAAGGAUAGGCAGGAAUUAACAAGGAAGAGUCUCUUCGAUUCGACAUGAUUUGAUAUUUUGUACAAUGUAGUCUGAUUGGUAGGUAGAAUCUAAUCAUUUCCAAAUCUGAAAAUCUAAGAUCUGACAAGUUAUGUAGUUUUGUAUUGGGAAAUAGGCCAAAAAAUUUACACUAUACAUUAUAAACUGAUUUGUGUAUUUUGGAGCACACUGAAAACAAGUAAAAUUGAAAAUGCAACUCAAACACACACGUUUCUUAACGUAUUCAACCUAAUAUGUACGAAGUUAUGAGUUAUUGCCGCGGCAGGGCGAAGGUAUCGCGAGAGAAGCGUAUUUUUUCAUUCGA